UUAAAAAAUGUCGGAAUCGUGUCAAGACGGUAAUUGUCAUGGAAAUUACGAAUAUGGGCCCGACGAAUCACCAACGAAGCUUAUCGUCAAUUACAUUCCCGAAGUCAUGACCCAGGAUAUGAUGUUUUCAUUAUUUUCCACCAUGGGUAAAUUAGAAAGUUGUAAAUUGAUAGCGAACAGAGGGUAUGGUUUCGUCGAGUACGCUCGGCCUGAUGAUGCCGUGAAGGCACGAAAGGCCUUUAACGGUCUGUUAAUGCAGAAUAAGACACUCAAAGUGUCUCACGCCCUGCUUAACCCAGAGUUGAAACCUCCCACCAAGCCGGAAGCAGAUUGGAACCUCUACGUGUGUAACCUGCCAAACGAACUAACCUUACAAGAUUUACAUGGACUGUUCGCACAAUUUGGUAAAAUAGUCAAUUCCCGUAUAGCUUCAGGCAUAGCCUUUGUAUUAUAUGAACACCAGUAUGAAGCAGAGAGGGCCAUCCAAAAUAUCAAUGGAUCUAUACCUCCUGGCUUCUUGGAAGCUCUUACUGUUAAGUAUGCUAAUAAAAGUAAUCCAAAUAAACAUAAAAACAAUAAUAACAAUUUUUCUAAGAAUCCACUUGUGAAACCUUAUCAUUGGAUAAAUCAUAUGGGUGCUAUUGGUGACCAUAAUUCCCCUAGUACAUGGUCUAUUUAUAUUUAUAAUAUUGCUCCAGAAGUGGAAGAACUGACUUUGUGGCAGCUUUUUGGUCCAUAUGGUGCUAUUUUAUCAGUUAAGAUAAUUAAGGAUCAUCAAACUAAUAAAAGUAAGGGAUUUGGUUUUGUUACAAUGAGAAACUAUGAUCAAGCGGCAAUGGCUAUACAAGCAUUGAAUGGCUAUGUCCUCCAUGGUCAGCCCCUAUCUGUAAGUUUUAAAACACAAAAAAGAUAAUGGCGCAAAAUAAUUAAAACCAAUUUUACAAUAUCAGUACAGUAAUGAAUAGACAAAUUGACUUUUUUGACUUUGAUUGGCAUAGAAUAACAAUUUAAUAUAAAAUAUUACUUAGGUAUAAAAGGAAUUUUAAUAUUUCCACAGCAUGUAUCAAAUGUGCAGCCUGUCAUCUCUUGUUGAAAAUAUUAUUUUGACCUAUCAAGAUUGUUAAGUUUGUUUCUUAUUAUGAAUAUUAAUUUAUUCAGUUGGCUCGUUAAAUAUUUCAAGUUUACUAGAGUUUUAAGAUUUGUAUUUGCGAUGAUUGUUGUUUGGGAGUUCAACAUCAGUUGUGAGCUAUAUGCUUGUCUCUUUAUUUCUUUAUCUAUUUUAUUAUUAUUAUUUAAGUGUAAUAAAAUACAAGAAUGUGCUUUAUAAGAUCUAAUGUAACUAAAUAAUGUAAGCCACUGUGAGAUGUUUAAUCAGCUACUAGGAUUAGUUGUACACUUUUUAUAACAUGAUGUCUAUUUAGGUAGUAAAACAAAAUCUAGAUUAUAUCAUAUUUAUACAUUUAGUAUAAACUUGCUGAAUUAAAGUUCAUUUUCACAAUUUU